AUGAGCAUGUUUCAAGAAGAAUGCAAGAGGCGACUGAACGAAGUUGCCAUCACUGUCGACCUUCAUCAUAAAGUUAUGUUGUCUAUUUGUGUAUUAUACUUCGCCUUUUCACCGGUGGCGAUUGUUGGAAAUGUCCUUGUAAUUCGAGCCAUGCUGAAAGUCUCAUCGCUACCCGCGUCUUUUAAAAGACUAAUUCUGAGUCUUGCUGUCUCUGACCUUGCAGUAGGAUUGUUUUUACAACCGAUGUACGGCACAAUCAUUGCGUUGCAGUUGAGUGAGAGAAACAGUCAAUUCUUGUGUCCUUCUCUCCUGACAAUUCAUCUAUUUGUUACGUUUUUAGUGGCAGGAGCAUCUUUCAUGACCAUCGCCGCCAUUGCGCUGGACAGGCUUCUAGCUGUUUAUUUACAUUUGAGGUAUCAAGAACUUGUAACGCCAAAGCGAAUACGGAUUCUUUUGCUUCUUCUCUGGCUAGGUGCAGCUUUUGGAGCAUCGGUGUUUAUUUCACUGUCCAAUCUUUCUUACUUGAUCGCUGUUAUAACUGAAAUCAUUGGAUUUACUAUCACAACCGUGGCAUAUUUUUAUCUUUACAAAGCCGUUCAAUAUCAUCAGAAUCAAAUUAAAUCUCAGUGUCAGGUUCAAGACCAAAAUGCUGUCCAAAUAUGCAGGGAGAAAAAAUCAGCUCUAAAUACCUUAUACGUAUACGUAGUUUUUAUCGCCUGCUACUUUCCACUAUUAUUUUCAAGUAUUCUUUUGAUGGUUGAUCACACAAGGACAUCUUUUCAAGUGGCUUAUAACAUCUCUGGAUUCAUGGUUUUCCUCAAUUCGUCUUUAAAUCCAUUCGUGUAUUGUUGGAGAUACCGCGAGAUUCGACAAUUUGUGAAAAACAGCUUUAAGGGAAACGUCGACUUAUCGUAA